AUGUCUAUUGUGAAACCUGGGCCAACGGUGAUGAACACUGAUCUACUGGAGUCUAGUCAAACAAUGACGAUGAAAAAUGGCGAAACAAGACCGUAUUCCGUUAGCGACCCUAACAAUAGAUCAGUUGCUGUUAUUAAUACACCCCUUAAAAUCAAUAAUGAUGCAUCCCCCAUGGUGAGUACAGCUAAAGUUAAUAUGCAAUUGAAUAAAAGAGUUGAUUUAGAGUCAUUAAUAGAACAAUAUACAAACAUAUUAGGGAGAGAAAGUUGGGCAAGAUAUGCGCAGAUUAUCACUUUGUUUAUGUUAGGUAAACUUUCUCGCAAAGAACUGUCUAACGAAAUAGAUUUAUUGUUUGUACCACCAAACGUUCCAAAUACAACACCAGCAUUACAUAAAAACGUACGAAAAACUUUAAUACGGCUUCAUAAUCAAAUCAUGUUAUCAGUUCUAUCAAAUGCAUUACGUGAUUCACCUUUAGGGGUUAAUGCAGAGGGAUCGUGGGGCUUUGGUAAAAGUGGCUCUCAAAUGAGUAAAAAAAGGGUCAAUAAGCAUAAUUCUCAAAUUGAAACUUAUAAAAAAAUUGUUAUGUCAUUACCACCUAUAGAUAGACAAAGAUUAAGGGCAAUCACUAAGGAAUCUGGUAAACGUGGUUUUGUUUUGUGCUCUGUCUUACAAGCACGUUUGGAUACUAUUCCUAAAAUUCCAAUUGUUACAAAUCAAGAAUCAGUGAAAUUUGUUAAGGAAAAUAACUUUAAGACGCCAACAGAAUGGAGUCAAGAUGUAAUGAAUGGCUUUAGCGCUCCGUUGGCUAUUGACACGCAUUCCUUGCCUGAUACUGAUAGUCUUUAUCUUCGAAUGUUGGGUAUUUCUAGAGAGCAUGGUUUAGUUGGUGCUGUUGAUGCAAAUUCUGUUGACAUUUUAUCCCUUGCAUUGGAUCAAUAUUUGAAAAAUGUAAUUGAAUCAGUUAUUGACACCGUCAAGUAUAGCAAAAAAAAUACUACGGAAUUUUAUGAUCUAGACGAAACUAGUAGAUACCAACCAAUAGCACCUCUUGGCCCAUCUGAACAGCUAGAAGACCAAAAUGAAGGUCAAACAAUUUCUUUAACUAAUGAAGAUAUGUAUACUGCAUUCAAUGUAUAUCCAUAUCUUGUUCAGUCCGAAAGCACGAAACUGACAGUAUCUUCGUUGGAUCUACUAAAUGAUGAUGAAUUAGUGAUAACUAAAAGUAGUAUUGAUGAUCUUGUUGAUUUUCUGGACGAGAAACCUUCAUUUACGCCUACCGAUGAAAAUAAUAUUGGUUCACGUGAAGAAUUGAAUUGGUUAAUCAAAGAUAUUUUAACAGACCGAUAG